AACGAGCCGUAUGAUAACGGACCCGGAGGUUCCGGUCAAUACACAUCUAAAAUAUAUCACGUGGGAUAUCAUUUGCCGGGAUGGCUAAAAGCAUUAUUACCGAAAUCAGUACAAACCGUUGGAGAGGAGGCCUGGAAUGCCUAUCCUUAUACCAAAACCCGUUAUACAUGUCCUUUCGUUGAAAAGUUUUUCAUAGAAAUUGAAACGAAAUAUUUUGAUGAUUGCGGGGAACGAGAGAAUGUGUUUGAACUGAACAACUCUGAGCUCAGAUCCCGAAUCGUCGAUGUUAUCGACAUCGUUAAGGAUCAGCUCUACUCAUCAGACUAUAAGAAAGAAGAGGACCCCAAGUAUUACGUGUCGGAGAAGACAAAGCGCGGACCUCUCGGUGAAAAUUGGGUGGAAGAGCACUGGAACUCAAUGAACAACAAUCAUAAUAAAUCGAAAAACAAGUGCAUUAUGUGCGCCUAUAAGUUGGUUAGAGUCGAGUUUAAAUACUGGGGAAUGCAGACCAAGAUUGAGAAAUUCAUACAUGAAGGAGCAUUGCGUAAGAUAAUGGUUCGGGCGCAUAAGCAGGCCUGGACCUGGCAGGACGAGUGGGUCGGACUCACUAUGGCUGACAUCAGACAGAUUGAAAAGGAGACACAAGAGUACUUGAAGUCUCGAAUGGCCGCUAAUACUGACAAUUCCAGUGCCAGUGAAUCCAUUGAUGGACAACAAAAUUUGAAUACAAGUCCUUCUGGACAAGAGAUUGAUCUGAAUGUGAUCGACAAGGAUAACGAUACUUAUGUGGACAUCAGUUCAAUGGAAGUGCCAAAGAGUAAAAACUCGUCAUCUCAUCCAUCCAUUUCGUCAAAGCAGUCGAUAUCUAGAGAUCAGGAAGUGUUAGGAGACGGCCGACGAAAGCUGUGGUCGAGGAGUAACUCUAAAGCCGGACUUCCCUCUCCCGAAAUGCUAAACAUUAGUCCACUAACCAAAUGGAGUUCUCUUGAGUACAUUCCUUGCGAUUUGGGCAUCAAAAGCCAACAGAGCGUCGACGCCGGCGAUGAUUCGGAUAACAUAUUCUCCGAGGCAUACAUUAAACGCAUACAAACAGAACACACGAAACAAAAGACAGCGUUUAUUAACAGACAUAGUGUGGACACGACAUCACUUCCCAUUUACUUGAUUCCGGGGCUGAACUCAAUUGAUCAUUCUGUAGUCUGUAUUGCUGCCUCAAGUGAGCUCUCGCAGCAAGCUGUCGUAAUGGGCGCUUACUUGCCUUCCUAUCGGAAAGCUGAGCUAAGUUUGGUCGUUCUCUCGAGUCUAAGUCCAUAUAGCUUUCAGUCCUCGCCGUCGGCUAUUGAUAGCGUCUACCACUCAUACGAUGCCAUACCUAUUGGCGCGCUUCCAUUGUUUGCCGUCUCAUCGCAUGAAUACUACGAAAAUGUUUCAAAAGUAAUUUCAGCGACAAAUCAUACGUAUAAUGAAUUCUUGAAGAGCGAAGAAGGGCUUGGCUUUAGUGGACAAAUAUGUCUUAUCGGCGAUAGCAUUGGUUCUAUUCUUGGUUUCGAUGCCUUUUGCCGAUCGAGUCAUCUCUGCAGUCAAUUCGGCAGCGAAACAAGUAUUCCUGAUCUCUCCGAGGGCUACGCUUCUCAUAAACCCGUCUUUUCUGGCCAUAAGAAUCCGUUGAUUUCCAUUAGCGAUGGCAGCGGUAAUGAAGACACUGAAGAGGCCAAUGAACUUAAAGGCAAUCUUAAAGCAAAGACAUUACCCCUGAAACCAAACACAUUUGGCGUUCAACGACCGUAUGUUAAAUCACACUCACAUCCGGGCGAUGGCGGCGUCAGUUGUACCGAUGAGAGCGCGUGUCAUAAACUGUUAACCGCUCCUCUGCCACGAAGAAGGAGUUCUUGUUCUAGCGAUCAAAGUUGUUGCCAUCGAUUUGAGUUUGAAGUGACGGACUUUUUUAUGUUCGGUUCCCCUCUCGGACUUGUCCUCACUUUUAGAAAAAUGUUAUCCAUUGACGACAAGUCAUGUAAGAAGAGAUUGAAUUUUGAUGAAUGUCCACUACCGAAGCCUUCUUGCACUCAUAUCUACAAUCUGUUCCAUCCGACCGAUCCAUCAGUUCUGCGAUUAGAGCCUCUGUUAAGCGCAAGGUUUUCACACAUUCCUCCCGUAAAUGUCCCGCGAUAUCAGAAGUAUCCGUUAGGCGACGGACAACCCAUCCAUUUGCUUCUGCGAUUAGAGCCUCUGUUAAGCGCAAGGUUUUCACACAUUCCUCCCGUAAAUGUCCCGCGAUAUCAGAAGUAUCCGUUAGGCGACGGACAACCCAUCCAUUUGCUUGAAUAUUUGCAAACUUUUUCGCAUUUAUUUGCCGCCGAAACGACUUCACAGAUACCACACACCUAUCCAACAAUGGGUGGCCGCCGUACCAGUGAAGUCAGUAUCACGAGUAACGCAUCGUUGGCACUCGAUUCGCUCACUUUACCUAACAUUACUUCUCUUACCCAGAAAUGGUGGGGCACUAAACGAGUCGAUUACGCUCUCUAUUGUCCCGAAGGCCUAAACAACUUUCCGACGCACGCCUUACCCCAUCUCUUUCACGCCAGUUAUUGGGAAUCAAAUGAUGUCAUUUCAUUCAUUUUAAGACAAGUAACGCAUUCAAACAUUUUCUAUGUCUUAUUAUUGAUCUCAAGACCUGAAUAUAUGGCGUCCAAUAUCGCAGACUCUGACAAAGACAUGCAUUCGUUCACUCCGUGUCAGCCGAGAGAGAAGUGGCAAAAGAAGAGAACAUCAGUGAAGCUAAAGGUGAGCCGAAACAUAACAGCCAAUCACAGAGCGAACGACGUUAUCGUCAAAGAAGGGGCGACGCAAGUAAUUACGGCCCGUUUUAUGUACGGCCCUUUGGAUGUGGUGGCGCUCACCGGCGAGAAAGUGGACAUUCAUGUCAUGAAGAACAUGCGUUCCGGCGAAUGGACUUUCUUGAGCACAGAGUUGACCGAUAAGUCCGGUCGAGUCAGUUAUGCUAUACCCGAAGAUAAGACUUUGACGUAUGGCUUAUAUCCGGUCAAAAUUGUUGUCAGGGGUGAUCACACGUCCAUUGAUUUCUAUUUGGCUGUCGUUCCGCCAAAAACGGAAGCCGUUGUCUUCAGUAUUGACGGCUCAUUCACCGCAAGUAUGUCCGUCACGGGAAAGGACCCCAAAGUUAGAGCCGGAGCCGUAGAUGUUGUUAGAUAUUGGCAGGAAUUGGGAUAUCUUAUAAUUUAUAUAACAGGCCGUCCAGACAUGCAACAGCAACGAGUCAUAUCGUGGCUCUCACAACACAACUUCCCACACGGUUUGGUAGCAUUUGCCGACCGACUGUCCACCGAUCCGUUGAGACAUAAAGCCGAACAUCUCAGACACCUUCAAAUCGAUUCGGAGAUCGUAUUCCAAGCGGCGUACGGCUCGAGCAAAGAUAUAACCGUUUAUCAAUCAUUAGGUCUAAAAGCCGAUCAGAUAUUUAUUGUGGGAAAAGUAUCCAAAAAACACCACUUAAUGGCUAAUAUAUUAAGCGAGGGCUAUGCGGUGCACCUGAAUGAGUUGAUAGCGUUGGGCUGUUCCCGUCCGGCUCAGGGCAACGCCCGAAUGGUUCUGCCGCGGGGCGGCUUCGGAGGCGUGCGUCACCGGCGCUCGACCAAAGCCAAGCGAACCAUUUCCUAUCCGCUGACGUCCCAGAUGUCGGUGCCGUCGACACUGAGCGCCAUAUCAAGUCCGGCUCCGCCAACAACUCUUAUAAAAAUUAAUAUAAAUCUAAACUUAUGCUCAUUCAUUGGCCUCUUCAGUGUCUUCAUUACCGCUGCCAUCGCUAAUGGAAAUCAACGGAUUCUUAUGGCCAGGAAAGACGGGUUUGUGAGAAGCGUAGCCUUCGGAGAGAUCGGGAAUACUUGUUUCGCUGCCGAAUUGACUGCAGAGAUGACUCGAUCGGCAAAAGGCAUCGAAACCAAGAAUGGAACCAAUGCUAUCGCCGAUAAGACAUAUUUGUCCACUAAAGCCAAGCCCUUCUUCGCUCUU